AUGUUCAAAAUAAAAGAGGCGGCUGAUGUACGCCCUUUUGAUUUAGAAGUCCGUGAAGUCUCCGCACACUGCUUGAAUGUUGAAGAAGAGGUUGAUGGUAAGCCGUGGUAUCAUGAUAUCAUGCAAUACAUCAAGCACCAGACAUACCCUGAGAAUGUCACGGAUAAUGACAAGCGAACUCUUAGAAGAUUAGCAAUGGGUUUCUUUCUUAGCGGAGAAGUGCUCUACAAAAGGAGUCGAGAUCAAGUACUCUUGAGAUGUGUGGAUGUUGCGGAAGCCAACAAAAUAAUGAAAGAAGUCCACGAAGGAACUUGUGGAGCUCAUGCUAAUGGACAUAUGUUGGCUAGACAAAGUAUGAGAGCUGGUUAUUAUUGGUUGACAUUGGAGUCAGACUGCAUAAACUUUGCUUGA